GUUUGUGCUAAAACACACACACAACAGAGCUGAGCUUCCAUAUCCAAGCAGACUCUCCUCUAAAUAUGGCCUCAGGCAGUGGUUUGUCUGAAGAUCAGUUCAUGUGCUCCAUCUGUCUGGACGUCUUCACCGAGCCAGUUUCUAUCCCCUGUGGACACAACUUCUGCAAGAACUGUAUCAGCAGGCACUGGCAAGGCAAGGAGCAUUGUCAGUGUCCGCUGUGCAACGAGAAGUUCAGCAAAGGGCUCAAGCUCUGUGUAAACACAGGAUUCAGGGAGGUGGUUGAGAACUUCAGGACACAAAGUUUUACACAAUUUAAGAACGAUGUCCUCGUCAAAGCUGGACAGGUGCCAUGCGACUGCUGCACUGGCAACAAGUUCAGAGCCACGAAAACCUGUUUGAUGUGUCUGGCCUCUUAUUGUGAAACACACCUUGAGCCUCACCUGAGAGUUGCUACAUUAAAGAAGCACAAACUGGUCGAUCCUGUGCAGAACCUGAUGAGCAAAGUGUGCAAGGAGCAUAACAGGAUGUUAGAGCACUUCUGCAGGAAUGACCUGACCCGUGUUUGUGUCCAGUGUACAGAACAUAGAGGUCAUGAUACGGUCCCUAUAGAGGAAGAGUACGAAAAGAUGAAGGCUCAGCUGGAGCAGAAGAAGGAGGAGGUGCAGGAGAUGAUACAAGAGAGACAAAGGAAGGUCCAGGAGCUAAUAGAUGACAUGGACACGAGGAGGCAAACCAAAGAUGAAGCAAAGGUGAACAGUGCUCAGGUCUUCACUACUUUGCUAGUGUCUAUUGAAAGAGGCCUGUGUGGGCUAAUGAGGGAGCUUGAGGAGAAGCAAAGAGCAGCAGAAAGACAAGCUGAGGUGCUGGUCAAAGAGCUGGGGAAAGAAAUCAUCGAGCUUCAGAAGAGAAUCACUAAGCUGGAGAGCAUCUCACACACUGAAGACCAACUCCAGCUCAUCAAGCGCUUCCGGUCCUCCUCCUCCUCCUCCCUCCCACACACAAAGAACUGGGGGGACGUCAGAAUCAGUGGCCAGCACCGUGUGGAGGAUGUCAAGAGAGCGCUGACGGAGCUGGAGGAGACGCUCGCAAAAGAGAUGGAGCGAGCUUGUCGAGAAUUCAAGGCUAGUUGUAAUGAAAUCCUUGAUGAAAAAACUGAAAAAUGGAUCGACACACACACAGACCUAGACAUGAUACCCGAAGGCAUAAAGUUGGAAGUGAUCCGGCAGCGGUUUGAGGUGGACAUGACAUUUGAUCCGUGCACUGCAAAUGAUCUGCUCCUGUUUUCAGAAUGUUUAAAACAAGUGCAAACUUCUCAUAUUUGGUGGAUUGGAAAUACCCCGCAGAAGUUUAACAGAUAUACCUACGUGUUGGGGAAUAAGGGCUUUACUGAAGGCAGAUUCUACUAUGAGGUGCAGGUCACAAGGAAGACCGGAUGGGAUUUAGGAGUAGUUAGAAAGUCGGUGCGUGGGAAGAAAACAAUCACACCAAACCCGAGGAACGGGGUCUGGAUCAUUAGAAUGAAGAAUACCAAAAUCUCAGCUUUGAAAAAUGUCCCUUUCAACCUCCACUUGACGAACAAACCGAAGACGAUUGGGGUGUUUGUGGAUUAUGAGCAGAAGCUGGUGUCCUUCUAUGAUGUGGACACUGCGACUCUGAUCUACUCUUUUACCAGCUGCACAUUCAAUGAGAAAAUCUAUCCAUUCUUCAGCCCCGGUCUCCCUGAUGAUGGUAUAAAUUGUGCCCCCCUGGUCCUCUCACCAACCACCCUCAAAGCCUCGACCAUCAAAUCAACCACGCAGGAAAUGGACAAAUUCUAUGCCCUGAUUAUUUUUCUUGUUGCUGUGUUAUUUAAUUUCGGAGGGUGGCUGAAAUCAUUAAGUUGAGCUGGUUGUUCACUAAACAGGUUAAUGGUUUGAUCCCCAGCUCCUCCAUUACCUGUUCCAAAGUGUCUAUGGUCAAAAUACUGACCCAAAAUUCUACAUGACAGUUGUGCCUGCAAUGUGUGUCUGUUUGUAUUUUGUGAGGAGAAAUAUUCACCUUCUGUGAUAAAAGAUGUAGUCGGACUCUAAACAGUGUCCAGGGAACAGAGGACAGAGUCUUGGAAACCCCAUUGACCUGUUAUGUCAUCAGACGAUAGACGAUGAGCUCCGAGAUUGCCAGAUCUGUAAAGUGAAAUGACUGCAAAUACUUUCUGUCUCUUUACAUGCUGUCUUAUUUUGUUGUACAUCAUGUUGCAUGUUUAUUUUUCACACUAUCACACUAAUCAUGUACAUUUAACAAAAUCUGUCAAAUCAGAUUAAACUGUUUUUCACAAUGAUGGAUGUACUUCUCCUUCCAGUCACACAUUCUUCUGACACUUCAACAUGACAAUAUAUUUUAUAGGGACAGUGUGUAAAUCCCAAUGAAUAACUAUCAUUAUUCAGACUUAUUAUGCUUGCUUUUGCUGUUGAAUUGUUUGAUUCACAAUUUACAUAAAGUUUGCCUCUAAUAA